UUGCUAAACCAGAGUUUUGUUUCAUUAUCAAGAAUUUCAGGGCAAGACUGUCAUGACCUUAAUAAAAAUUGUCGUGAUUGGAUUUCAAUAGAAGCUUCGUUGUGCAAAACUGCAGAUUAUAUAAUUGAAAAAUGCACUAAAUCAUGUGGUUUUUGCCAUGCAAAAAUAGAUCCAAAGUUUGAUAUUUCGAGAGUUCCAUCUCAUCUGCAACCAAUUGCAUGGCUUAUUGGCAUUUGGAGAUCAGAGCAUGGUGGAAAAGCAAUAUUUCCAACAAUACCAACUUUUACAUAUGGAGAACAAGUUGAAAUUUCGCUUUCUGACCCCCAUAUGACUGGAUUAAAAGCUCUCAAUUACACAGCUUUUGCUUGGGGAUCAAAAGGAGAUUUAGAAUUACAUAGUGAAUAUGGUUACAUAACAUUAGAACCUGGUACUUCAAUGAUUUCGUUAACCACUGUAAUGGAUAAUGUUGUUUAUGUUAAAAAUAUGCAUAUUUCAUGUUUUGUGACUGUUGAACAAGGCGUCGUCGAAGCAAAUCGUAUUGCAUUUAGACUGAAAGAUAUCGGAAGAAUUAGUUUCAGCAGAGACUUACCUGUUCUAGAACUUGUACGAGAAUGGACAUUAUUGGACAAAGAUACAUUUCAAGCACGUCUUGAAAUGGAAACAUUAACUCACGGAAUGCAAGAGCAUACAUUUAUUCGCUACAAAAGAAUUUAUCCUUGA